CGACGCUAUUUAUGCUGAACACCGUAGACAGAGCCCUAACUACAUUUUCGAGGUUCAUUGUUCUGUGCUGGGCAAAACGUUUUGUCUACGCUCACUUUACCCACAUAUAAACAACUUUGCUGAGGCUAAUGUCUUGAAAAAGUGGUUUCCUAACGUCCAAUUCGAGUUUUAGCCCUGGCUGUAAACAGGGAAUCAAACGUUCUGCGAAGGACAAGUAUAAAAAUUCAGGUGACGGGAACCAACAUGCCUGGUGUUAGUCACCCACUGGAAGCUGCUUCUUUGACAGGCCAUGAUGCUUUCGUGGAGGGAGUCGAAUUUAGCAGUAAUGGAAAAUACAUUAUGUCUAGUUCCUCAGACAGAACAGUGAGAUUGUGGAGUGUAAAGGAUUUUAAAGAGAAAGAACAUAAAUAUGUGCGAGCCAAUGUAGAUUUUGAUCAUGCUACAAAAGUCAAUUUUAGUCCAGAUACAAGUGAAGAUACAACUCAACAACAACCCGUUCGCUUCAGAGCUUUUAUUACAGCCUUAGCAAAUGGAAACACAAUCCGAGUAUUCAAAGUAAACAAAAAGAAAGAUGGUUCUGGAGCUUCUGUCACUGGUGAAUUUGAUUUUCCUGUCAAACAUUCAGCAGAGAUUAUCAAUAUUGCUGUGGCCUCCAAUGGCAAAUUCAUCAUGUCCUGUUCCAGAGACACUACAAUAAUCAUCUGGAAUUUAAAGGGUGAAGUGCUGUCAAUAAUUGACACCCGUCAGAUGAACAACAGCUACGCAAGCUUAUCUCCCUGUGGAAAAUUUGUUGCAUCAGCAGGUUUCACCCCCGAUGUGAAACUGUGGGUUGUGGAGUUCACAAAGACAGAUGAAUUCAAGCAGGUUUCAAGAGCAAUGGAGUUGAAAGGUCACUCUGCUGGUGUCUUUCAUUUUAGUUUUUCAGCAGAUUCUACAAGGAUGGCAACUGUAUCAAAGGAUGGAACCUGGAAAAUAUGGGACAUCGAUGUGGAGUUCACGAAGAAACAAGACCCACAUUUACUAAUGACAGGAAUAUAUGACGCCUCAUUUGGAGUCUACAAUAACAUGCUGAUAAGUAUGUCCCCAGAUGCGUAUGUCACGGCUGUUGCUAUGGGACGAUCUAUUGGAAUUUUCAACACAGAGAAUGGAAACCUGGAGGAGCUGUUAGAGGAAGUACAUGGAGAUGACAUCACAGCCAUUGCGUGGCACCCCAGUUCUCGUUACUUGGCUACCGCGGGCGGAGCAGACCGUCAGAUCAGAGUGUGGCAUAAUGCGGCUGGUAUCAGGAUUCAGAUUGAUGACUUACAGGGGAGAAUGUACCGUGCUAAGAAUGAAAACGUUAAGGAGAGAUUAGAACAGCAAAUUCUUGAAGCAAGGGCUUCUCUAGACAAACUGAACCUUAUCGGCUAAGAAGAGAAUAAACCAAAUCAUUUUACAAAGGUCACGGUUGAAGAAAUGUCAAGGCAGAAAGAAAUAUUUUAAAUUCUCAACAAACACAACAAAAUAACGCUUUGUGGUGGUCCUGCAAACCACGGCAAAAACAACGAACUGUGAGGAAAACAGCAUUGACUACAAUCAAAGAUGAAGUUUACCGAACAAAAAACGAAAUUUAAGUAUUUAUAGUACUUUUUUGAUUUUUUUUGUAUACUAAGUCGGAUAAAAUCUUAUUUGGCUUUCAUGAAUCUUUCAAUUGUCUUGAUGUGUUACUUAUCAAAUGCUUUUCAUUAUUAACGCUGUAUUUCAACUCAAUGACUUUUUAGACCAAUAAAAUUAUUUCCACAAUUAUA